UCCGCGCGCGCCGGCCAUGCCGCGCUCCCGCCGAGCCGCGCGCCGUGGCCCCGGCAGCGGCCGGGCGGGCUCGCCCGUCAGCGAGGAGGAGGCCGGCAGCGAGGUGCUGAGCCACUGCAGCAGCGCCAGCGAGGGGGCCAGCCCCGCCGAGGAGGGCGCAGGGAGCGAGGCGGUGAGCGAGCAAGGCCAGGAGGAGGAGGCGGAGGACAGGCUGAAGGAGCACAUGGACAACCUCCUGGACAAGAGCGCCAAGACGCGGCAGGCGGCACUGCAGAGCCUGCGCCUGGCCUUCUCCUCCAAAACCCUCUCCGAGUUCUUGCUGGAGCGCCGCCUCACGCUCACCGACUCCCUGGAGAAGUGUCUCAAGAAAGGUAAAGGGGAGGAACAGGCGCUGGCGGGCACCGUCCUCACCCUCCUCUGCCUCCAGAUGGGCUCUGGCCCGGAGGCGGAAGAGGUGUUUCGCAGCCUGAAGCCCCUGCUCGUCAGCGUCCUGACGGACAGCACAGCCAGCCCUGGCGCCCGGCAGAGCUGUGCCACGGCCCUGGGCAUGUGUUGCUACAUUGCCGCUGCUGACCUCGAGGACCUGGUCUCAUGCCUGUCCUGCUUGGAGGGCGUCUUCAGCUCCCCCAGCGCAGCUGAGGGGGGCUCGGCACCCGCCCACCAUGGCCCUCUGCACUGCAGUGCGCUCCAGUCGUGGUCCCUGCUCCUCACCAUCUGCCCCCCCUCCCACAUCAAGAGUGUCUUGGACAAUCACUGGCUGAAGCUGCCCCCGCUGCUGUCCAGCAGCAGCGUCACGCUGCGCAUCCUGGCUGGGGAAGCCAUCGCGCUGGUCUUCGAGCUGGCCCAGGACGUGGAGGAGGACUUGUGCCACCAAGAUACAGAGUUCCUGCGAGCCCAGCUCAAGGUUUUGGCUACAGAGAGCAGCAAGUACCGAGCCAAGACAGACCGACGGAAGCAGCGCUCCAUCUUCCGGGACAUCCUGCACUUCAUCGAGAGCGGGGAGUACCAGGAGGAGACCAUCCGAUUUGGCCUGGAGUGCAUGUACCUGGACAGCUGGGCACGCCAGCGGACCUACCAAGCCUUUAAAGAGGUGCUGGGCUCCGGCAUCCGCCACCACCUCCAGAACAACGAGCUGCUACGGGAGAUCUUCGGCCUCGGGCCCCCCUUGGUGCUGGAUGCGGCUGCUCUGAAAGCCAGCAAGGUCUCCCGCUUCGAGAAGCACCUCUACAACUCGGCUGCCUUCAAAGCCCGCACGAAAGCCCGGAGCCGGGUGCGGGACAAGCGGGCAGAUGUGCUGUGACGGGCGGAGGGGGGGCAGAGCCCCCAGCCCACCUGGACUGCAGACCCAGCACUGUGAGGGGCAGGUGCCCCCAGCCCUCGGGCUUUUAUUCAUGUACAGCAGAGUAUUUAAUGCCUGGAGCUGCCCCACCAGGGGCUGCCCCCUCUUUUAUUUUUUUAACCAAAAAAAAAGGAUAAAAGGAGAGCAGGGGGGAGGUGGCGGUGUGCUGCUGUGUGCCUGCUCUGUGGCUGGGGCUCUGCGUGGCACGGCGGGAGGGGGUCAUACGGGGCUCCUGCAGUCCAUUUCAGAGGCAGGGCUCAUGUCCUCCCUCCCCGGUCCCGCAGGGGCAUCAGGGUGGCCUGGCACAGCCCGGAGGGCUGGGCGGGAGGGCAGAGCCGUGCAGGGCUGCGGGACAGCUGGCCCUGGUGUCUGUGCCUGCGGCAGGAGCGCUCCCCCAGGUCCCCCCUGCCACGCUGGGCACAGCCCCCGUCUCCGCAGCCAGCCCGGCACCCAGGGGUGGUGGCAGAGCGGCGUGGGGUGGCAGGCUCUGCCCAGCCCUGCCAGCUGCCCGCUCUGAGCCCUUUUCCAGCCAAAUGCUUUAUAUGAAAUAGUUCUCUUGUGGGAAAUUAAUUACAGUGGGGUGGCACAGCAGGCAAAUCCCGGGGCUGCCUGUGCAGCCCUGGGGGCCGCUGCCCGGGUGGGCAUGGGGCUGCGCCAGCUGGGAGUGCCUGCCACCCUGGGAAUGUAUCUAUGGUGGUGAUUUUCUAAGACUUUGAUUACAGGAGGUAAUUAAAAGGCUAAUUGGA